AUGACUGAAGUUGAAUCAAGCGAUGGGCAAAAGCUCCAUCCACUAAGGGAUGAUUGGUUUGUUUAUUACAUUCGCGCCGUCAAGGAUGGUAGGAGCUACGAUGAUGCCUGCGUAGAGUUGGAUUAUGUGCAUUCAAUCGAAGAAGUUUUCGCUGUCCUGAACACCUUUCCCAACGUUACCUUACUACCGCCAGAUGAUAGUUUGGUCUUUUCGAGGAAAAAGAUCUCACCAAAGUUUGAAAGCUUUCCUGAUGGUCAUCGCAUCUCCGUCUUUACAAAGACAAAGGUGCAGGCUGACGAUUGCAUCCUAAGGGUUAUCGCCGCCGUUCUUGGUGAGAGUAUAUUCAGGGAUGUUUGCAGCGAAGAGCCCCUUGUUGACGUCGUCCGUAUCUCACAUAAGCCUCAUCGCUUUUAUGAGUUUGCCGCUCGUAUAGAGGUGUGGGCGCACAAGUCCUCCCAUGAACGGGAACUGGAAGAAUAUUUUAGAGAUCUGCUUAAACUCAUUCCGGGGAUCUACAUUAAACCAUCAAAGAUGGUUUAA